CAGUAAACAAGCGAAGCUCCUCUUCGGAGGCAUGCUGAGGGUUACCAUUGAUUCGCCAUGGGUCUCUCCUCCGUUCCCGGCUUCGUUGAGCGAAAUCUCCGUUCCAAUAUCCAUGACUCUCUCCUGUGUGAUGUAGGGGAGAAGCGUAAACGGAACGGGACAAUGCGCUUCCUGGCUUGGUUUUCUUUCUCUACGCCCCGAUUGAUUAGACCUUUUUCGCGUACAGAUAUACAUUCGAAAACUCCGAUGUACCUAACUGCCUUGUCGCCGAGCGAAAACCGAGUCGCGUGUGUGUGAGAAAUUUUAGGGCGCAAGCGAUUCUUGCCGUUAUCGGGCCGCUGUGGUAAAACUUCAGGCUGAGCAGAGGUACGUACGACGCAGUUGAAAGGUGAUUGGCCAGAUACGACAUGGAGGAGAUCUCAGCAUAAAGAUGUCAAGCGUCACGAUACGUAGAUGCCACUGCUUGAAGACUGUUAUAAAAUCAUCACUGUCUCUAGCGCAGCGAGCAAACAACUGUCCAGAAAACCGAAGCGUGGUUCAACAUAAAUAUAUCUAUAAUUGUGAUAUAAACAUGUCAGCUGAGCUUGAGAAUCUUCCCACCAAUGCACGAAGCCUGGACUUCUACGGCCUUGAUGCUUCUUCAAUCCCAAAUUCUUCGAAAGAACUGUUGACAACGUAUGCUGGAAUUCCGCCGGAAGAAAUCAACCAGCAUGUUGAUACAAUACGUGAAAAAGCAUUCAGAAUCUUUCCAUAUCCAUGUAUAGGCAUGUACCGCUUUCUCAACCUUGGGCUUCCUCAAAGCCCUGUCUACGAGGAGGUCCUUGAGCGUGUCAGGAAAGGGGAGACAUUUCUUGAUCUAGGGUGUUGUUUUGGUCAAGAGAUCCGGAACCUCAUCGUUGAGGGGGCGCGACCAGAGAACUGCUACGGUUCCGACCUGCGACAGGAGUUCAUCGAUUUAGGCUUCGAUCUGUUCCAAGAUCGCGACAGACAGGGUUCAAAGAUCAACUGGCUCGUGGGAAACAUCUUCGACGACGAUUCGAGUCUCAGUAGCAUAAAGAACCAGAUUUCAAUCAUUUACACGGGAUCCUUCUUCCAUCUCUUCAAUUGGGAAGAGCAAUUCGACAUCGCGAAGCGAGUCGUGUCCCUUCUCAAACCGGAACCCGGCGUCCUCAUCUGUGGCCGUCAAGUAGGGAAUGAGAAUCCUGGGCUGUACACUUCCAGCGGUUAUACGGGGGAACGGCAAAGGUAUCGUCACAACAUCAAGUCGUGGACGGAGUUUUGGGACGAAGUUGGGGAGGCCACAGGCACGAACUGGAAGGUUGAUGCGGAGCUUAAUCCGUUUGGGGGUGGCUUUGGAAGCUCGGAACAGAAACUGGUUAACUUCAGAAGGGAGGACGGGGCCAAAAUUUUAAAGUUUGUGAUCAGAAGAGUAUGACCAGAAGCAUUACAAAGAUAUUUCGUGAUGAGAAAGGUCUCGGACUGUCAUCGUUUGGUAGCCGUACGUUG